AUGAGGCCAUGGGGAUAUAUACGAUUCUUAUGUUUACAAGAUUCAAUAGACGAAAGGCAUAAAAAUGUACUUAAACGACCAAAGCAAUUAAAGCAAUUAAAAAAUGGACAGCCAAAGAAUAACAAGCAAUCUGAAAAUAGACAGCCAGAGAUUAACGAGCAAUUAGAAAAUGGACAGCCAAAGAAUAACAAGCAAUCUGAAAAUGGACAGCCAAAGAAUAACGAGCAAUUAGAAAAUGGACAGCCAAAGAAUAACAAGCAAUUAGAAAAUGAAAAUAGUAAAUUGAAAAAUGAAAUUAGUGAAUUGAAAAAUGAAAUUAGUAAAUUGAAAAGUUUUCUUCGUAGUGUUUAUAAUACUAAUCU